GGACGACUAAACACUCUGUGUCACGAUUGAGGGAUUCAGGAAGUUGAAAAAUUUAUUAUAAACCAUGUAAACACUAUCUUAAACUGCGAUACAGCUGGGCUUGACUUCAAUUGUAUUACAAUUUAGUGAAACAGAAAGGAUAUAUUUGACUUAAAGUAAAAUAAAAGCUAGGUUACAUUUUUCAACCAGCUUGUAGAGAUGGCGUACCAGGCAUUCCGUGAAAACGGGGCUCCAACCUGGUAUGAUGCCAACCCGACUGCGUGGCAAGCGGAUAUUCUCGAAUCCGGGCUUAUAUUUGCAUUUGUUAUUUUGGCUGUUUCGUUUUUUGUCAUCUUACCAGGAAUUAGGGGGAAGGAGAAAAUAUUUACCUUCAUCCGAGUAACUCUAAGUUUAUAUAUAGGAGCUGUAAUUAUAUUAACUAACUGGACAUACACUUGGGAGACAGCACAAAUUCAUACGAGGACCAAGUAUAAGGCGGGAACAGGACAUGAAAUCGAGGCUGAGAUUGGUGUGCAUAUGGGCCUCAGAGGAAUAAACAUUACACUAAAAGGUACACCGGAAAAACAACUGAACGAGACAAUCAACUACAAUGAACAUUUUAGCUGGGAAUGGGAACAAGGUCGACUCGGAUUUGGUCCUUUCGCCGGGCGAUUUAACAGGGAAUAUCGCGAAGCUCAGUUCCGUGGUCUACCGUUACCAAUUCUUUGGAUAGCGGAAUAUUUCACAUUUGAUGGUGAAGGGAUACGAUGGGGUCGGCAUUACAGACAAGCUGGCUGGUAUUCUCAUAUUUUGAUGUGGCUAUGUUUCCCGCUAUGGGUGCUCACGAACAUUCUCUUCUUCGUUUUGUUGUCAUACGGCGCUAACUUUCUCAUGCUCACCGGCACGUGUAUGAUUGUUGCUAACAUCAUCUGGGCUACACUGAGAAAUCCCCUCGAACUUAAAAUACCAUGGGAAGAUGGGAUAAUGGAAUUCUCUUAUGGUGGAUCGUUUUAUAUAACUCUUAUAACAGGUAUUUUCUGUGUUGUUUCCGGAAUCGUUAUAAGAUUGCUUGACCUCAGAUUUCCCAACGCACUGACCACGUUCUUUGGUGUAGAUGUUCUUCAAGAUGCUAAUGAAGUACUUGAUGCAGCAGGUCCAUCUGACACUGAUGACGCAGCUACGUCUAAUAAGGGGAGAGAAAUGCACGAAAUGGACGGGGAGCCCAGCACCUCAAACGCUGGUAGACCAAAGCCAGGGGAACCAAUGAGACCACCGGCACAUGCACAAGCUCUUGAGACAUCAAUAGAGGAGGAGGAGGAAGGAGACGAUGAAGAAUUGUACAUGGCACCGGCCCCAUCACCACCGAUCCAGAACAAGUACGUGAAACGGAAGUCUCGUGGACUCACAAUCUUCCAGAAAUCUCGCCGUCGCCGGGCACCACCUCCCACACCGCAAGACGAACCUGACGAAAUGUACGUCAAUACCGGGAGAAAAUCCUACAGGGGAGACAAAAACUGUGAUUAUACCGCAGUUUCCAGUUUCAAUGGUGCCACUCCAGAUGACGUUUCUAUCCGGAUGAACUAAAUAAGUGUGAAAAUUCGACCAUUGCAUGAAAGAUAUGAAAUAUAGACAUGAAUGUGUUUAAAUGAUUAACAUUUACGUCAUUUAUUAAAGGGCAAUACUUUUGCAGCAAAAAUAUUUAUACCAAAAUUUAAGGGAGAUAAUUAUGAUGUUUUUAGUUUAAAAGAGGGACGAGUCGUGCAUUUAAUGCUAUGUAUUAUUACAGCUUAAGACACAAUGAUAUAUGAAUUAUUUGUACUGAAAACGAAGCAGACAAAGUGAUAAGGGUGAAAAUGAUUGGGAAAAAACGCGACAUUACCACACUUUUAUUGUACUUGAUAUUUAAAAACUAUUUUAAUUUAAUUUCAUGAAAAAUGUGUUUAUUUUGUUUUAAAUUCAGGUUGGAUUGUAAAAUAAAGUCAGUUUAUAGAUACAUUAGUUAUUUAGUAAUCAUGAUAUACAUAUAAAGCUUUCUAUAUUAAUGGUUUUAAUCAAAAUAAUUAAACAUUUAUUUUUAGAACAUGGUUUUAAAAAAAACUAGUUAGAUUAACAUUUUGAGAAGAAUACAACAGUUUAAUUACACAAUAUAUUUAUAUCAUGUUGAAAAUUUCAAUAAGACUAUAACAUAAGACACUUAAAUAUAUGCUAGAAAACCGGAAAGCCAUUGUUGCAUAUAUAUCAAUAUAUAAGCAUAUGUAUAUUUUAUAACACUAUAAAGUAUAUGUUUCUCCUACAUCUUACAUACUAGUAUAAAUACAUGUGUUAUCAAUAUAUGAAAAUUGUGAACAAAUUCAAUGUACAAGAGUAUAUUAAAAUGUUAUUAAAGUUGUAAAUUUUUCAUCUUCACAACUUGCUGUAUUAUAUAUUUAUAUUGGAUGUAAUAUGAAUAGACCAUAAAGAUAAAAAAUUAAAUACA